AUGGACCAAAGAACCUCUGCAAGAAAACCUGAAACAAGAGAAAGACCUGAAAUUUCAUCUGUUUCUCGAGAAAAAGCUGAAGCUGCAAAAGCAUAUAUUGAGCAAAAAUACUCCAAACUCAAGCGAGAAGAAUCAGAAAAACGUGAAGGCUGAAACGAGCUUUCACGCAAAAUGACUGAGCUGAGUCUCUCCUCCACAGACCAAGAAUUAAUUAAGCAAGAAAUCCUCCACAAAGAAGCAGAACAGCUUCGACAAAAACGAAAAAGGACGACAAUUUAUGAUUUUGAGCCAAUUGCUAUCAUAGGAAGAGGCGCAUUUGGAGAAGUCAGAGUGGUCCGCAGCAAGAUUUCAGGUGAAAUCCUGGCCAUGAAGAAAAUGAAUAAGUCAGAAAUGAUAAGGAAAAAUCAAGUCCAGCAUAUAAGGGCUGAAAGAAAUGUGCUAGCUCUGGCGAAUAAUCCGUGAAUUGUUGAGCUGAAAUAUUCUUUUCAAGACGAAAGAUACCUGUAUUUGGCAAUGGAAUAUCUUCCUGGAGGAGAUUUAAUGACAAUUUUGAUUAAGCGGGAUAUUCUUCCUGAGGCAGAGGCGAGAUUUUAUAUAGCUGAAAUGAUAAUGGCAGUGGAUUCAGUCCAUAAAUUGAAUUAUAUACAUAGAGAUUUAAAGCCAGACAACAUUUUAAUAGAUUCUCAAGGACAUGUAAAGCUCUCAGACUUUGGCCUUUGUAAGAUGAGCGAAAUUCAAACAGACCAUCCUUACGCAAAUUUAAGGAAAAUAGAAGAAGACAUCAAAACAAAGCAAUACAUUGACAAGAAAAGUGACUAUAAAAGAAAUAGAGUGCUUGCAUAUUCUACUGUAGGAACUCCUGAUUAUAUUGCUCCAGAGGUGUUUGAGAGAAAUGGAUAUACUGAAACUGUUGAUUGGUGGAGCUUAGGUGUGAUUUUAUAUGAAAUGGUUGUCGGCUAUCCCCCAUUUUUCUCUGAUGAACCUUCAAUUACUUGUCAAAAAAUUCUGCAUUGGAGUAAAACUUUGGCGAUUCCUCGUGAAGCGAAUUUAAGCAGAUCUGUAACAGAUUUGAUAAGAAGACUGAUAUGUGAUCGUCAAAAUCGCCUUGGAAUUAAUGGUGUAGAAGAAAUACAGCGCCAUCCUUUCUUUAUGGGGAUUAAUUGGGAAAAUUUAAGGAAUUCAAGAGCACCUUGGGUGCCAGAUGUAAGUUUUAUGUAGUUAAGAAGUGAAGUUGACACAUCAAAUUUUGACCAAUUUGAAGAAGUUGAGCCUUUUUACCCUCCAGAAAGCGAAAGAAAGAAAAAAAUCAGAAAGGAUAAUAACUUUAUUGGCUAUACAUAUAAAAAAGAAUUAGAAAAUCAAAGAACAAGCUUAGUAACAGCUCUUCAAGAGCUUGAUGCAGUUAAAACUUCAGUUUCUAUACCAAUUCCCCAGCCUGCACAAAAAUACAACAAGCAACAAUUUAUGAUAAAUUCUCAAGAACUUUAUUCAAGUUAA